ACUUGAUUCAUGUUAUUUUGUAUUUAUUGCGUUUUUUUUUUCUACAAUAGAAGUUACAGCAAUAUAAAAAGAACUGUUUCCUUAUACGCGUAAUACGAGUAAGUCGAUGAACUAUUACAAUGUAAAGGUUUCUUUUCAUACUUUGACUAUAUCGGAAACAGUUACAAACUGAUAGACCUUUUAACAGUCAGGAUGGAUUGUUACAAUGCAUCGUGUAUUUCUCCAACGACUGGAGUAGCCCCAUUCAUCUUCACUACAGCAUUCCAGUUUUUAGCUACAUUACAAUGUGGCAUCACAGAAGGGCCAACGCCAGAUGCCAAUAUAACAGAUGGAGAAACAUUUCAUUUCAUAAUCGUGGGAGCUGGAACUGCUGGCAGUGUGUUGGCGAACAGAUUGAGUGCUGUACCAGAAUGGAAUGUUUUACUGAUCGAGGCAGGUGAUGACGCUCCAGUAGAAGCUGAUAUUCCAGGCCUUCACACAACGCUAUAUCAUACAAGAUACGAUUGGAACUACUUGACAGCUCCUAAUUCAAGAACAAACGGAGCUAACGUAAACGGUUCUGUAUAUUGGCCUCGUGCUAAAAUGGUAGGCGGUUGUAGCAAUAUUAAUGCAAUGAUCUACGUACAAGGAAAUGACCAAGACUAUCAAAACUGGUAUGACCUCGGUAACCCAGAAUGGAGUGUCGAAGAAGUUCGUCGGUGCUUUAGGAAACAAGAAAGUUUACAAGAUAUGGACAUGUUGAAAAAUCCUUAUACCAGUAAACAUUAUGGGUACGACGGCCCCUUGCCUAUAAACUCAUUCAAUUUCACAUAUCCAAAUCUUAGAAAGAAAAUUUUAUCAGCUUGGAACAAGAUAGGUAUAAAGAAUGUGCCAGAUUAUAAUGUCGCAAACGUAUUGGGAUCUGGUCGUAUGAGGUGUACAGCAGCUACUGGAGAAAGACAGAGUUUUAAUAAGGCUUAUUUAAACCCAAUACUUGAUAGAAAAAAUCUAAAAAUUAUGAAGAAUAGCUUAGUGACCAAAUUGAUAUUUAAACACGGUUCUAAAACUAUUCACGGAGUUGAGGUGGAUCAUGAUUCAAAAAUAUUUAAAUUUUAUGCUACAAAUGAAGUUAUUGUAAGCGCAGGUGCUAUAAACUCUCCACAGCUUUUAAUGUUGUCUGGAAUUGGACCAAAGGAGCACCUUCGUUCUAAAGAAAUACCAGUCGUAGUUGAUUCUCCAAUGGUAGGACAAAAUUUACAAGAUCAUCUUUUUAUUCCUGUUUUAAUAUUUUGUGAUGAAACUGGAGAACAAACUGUAGCUGAACAACAAUUUGAUGCCAUUCGCUAUAUUUAUAACCGCACAGGGUAUCUAUCACACAAUGUUGCUAUCGACGCUUUAGCAUUUUACUCUGAUGACCCAGAUGCUACUUAUCCUGAGUUUCAAAGUCAUGUUGCAAUAAUAUGGCAAAAUAGUCCCUAUAUGGCAGAAAUUUUAGAUUCAUGGUUUAAUUACAAAGAUAACGUAAAAAAUCCAUUAAUUGAACUCAACAAAAAACAUGCUGUUUACAUGCAUGCUUUUCACACAUUACAUCCUGCAUCAAGAGGGAGUAUUGAUUUGCAAUCAAAAGACCCCCGAGUUCAUCCAAUUAUCAAUGCGAACUAUUUCGGUGACCCUAAAGAUUUAGAAUUAACGGUAACUGGAAUUAAAAUGCUCACUAAGAUAGUAAAUACUACAGAAUUUAGAGCAAUAAAUGCCUUUUUGGGAAGAAUGGAAUGGCCACCAUGUGAUGAUUAUGAAUUAGACAGUAGAGAUUACUGGAAGUGUGUUUGUAUGGAAAUGGUAGUUACUAUAUAUCAUCCAGUUGGAACAUGUCAGAUGGGACCAGAUCCAAACACAGCAGUAGUAAAUAGUCGAUUGAAAGUCCAUGGAGUCCGAAACCUUCGUGUGAUAGAUGCCAGCAUCAUGCCAACACUGACCAGUGGUAACACUAACGGUCCAACUGGAAUGAUUGGAGAAAGAGGAGCAGAGUUAAUACUGGAAGACUACAACAAAUUGUGAUUC